GGAAUAUUAUUAAUUAUUGCAGUGUGACAUAUGAACAAUAAUAAUUUCAUGAUGCAAAACAUAACUGAGAGAUUAAGUCCCCUUGUUGGUUUGAAUGGAUGGGACUAUUGUGUCUCCUAGAAAUUAAGUGAAGAUCAAAGGUAUCUUGAGUGGUUGGGAUGUUGUUGUGGUGGGAGUGAAAGCAACCAAAAUGGCGGGGAACAACAUAUUUUCCCUGUCUCUUCUUCUUCUUCAUGCAGGGAUACAAUGUUUUCACAUUCAAGAAUAAAGGCUUGUGAUCUUCUUUCACAACUUAACACUUCCAUAUCAACAGAUUCUGGGAUUCAUGCACAAACUCUAUUAGCAAACCAACCCAAUUGGUUGAACUAUCCCAAUACCUUGGAUCCAAACACUUUACAAGAAACAAUUAAUGGGACCCAUGUUUUGAUUCCAGUGCCUGGUGGACUAGUUGAGCUGUUUGUAACUAAACAAGUUGGUGAAGAUCAACAGGUACUAGAUUUUAUCACAUCACAGUGCAUUGUGUUGGUUGAUCAAGAAGGGAUGAAUAACUCAAUUGGCUUCAAUUCAAUGAGCAACAUGCAAUCAAAUCAAGUUGUAUGUGAUGAAAAUGAUGGAAACAAUAAAACAAACAAUCAUUUUCAUCCAUCAGAUAGUUUGAGUCUUCCACCUCAUGAUCACAUAUCUGUAAUGAACUUCAUGCAACAAUUCAAUUACAAUUACAAUUACAAUCAACAAAACAACAGAAUGAGAAAUGAUGAAACCUUUUCAGAAGAAUACCAAGGUUCAUUCUUUCAUGAUCAUGAAAACAGCAACAACAAUCUUGUAAAACCCAAUACAGAAGAGGAACAUGAGCAUAAAAGCUUGAUGACAGAAGAGCAGUAUGUGUUUGUGAAUCCAUUAGACUCAAAAAAGAAUCAAGAAGAAGAAGAGAAGGAUUUGAUGAAACAUGUUGUUGGUAGAUCAGAUUCCAUGUCAGAUUGCAGUGAUCAAAAUGAAGAAGAGGAGGAUGGAAAAUAUAGGAGAAGAAAUGGGAAAGGAAACCAAUCAAAGAACCUUGUAGCAGAGAGAAAGAGAAGGAAGAAACUGAAUGAUAGGUUAUAUAACCUUCGUUCAUUGGUUCCAAGAAUAUCAAAGCUAGAUAGAGCUUCGAUUCUUGGUGAUGCUAUUGAGUUUGUGAAGGAUUUGCAGAAACAAGUGAAAGAGCUACAAGAUGAUCUUGAAGAAAAUUCAGACACAGCAACUGAAAGUAACUGUGUGAUUAAUAAUCAAUAUGUGAAUGGUAUUCAAGUUGAAGCAGAUAAUAAAAAUGUUAGAAAAGCAGAACAUGGUUAUCAUGUUGUUGGGAAUGGUAAUGAGAAGCAGACACAGCAGAUGGAGGCACAAGUGGAAGUGGCUCAGAUAGAUGGGAAUGAGUAUUUUGUGAAGGUGUUCUGUGAGCAUAGGGCUGGUGGGUUUGUGAAAUUGAUGGAAGCAUUGAAUAGUUUAGGCAUGGAUGUAUUACAUGCCACAGUGACCAGUCACAAGGGUCUUGUGUCAAAUGUCUUUAAAGUAGAGAAAAAGGAGAGUGAGAUAGUUGAGGCUGAAGAUGUAAGAGAAUCACUUAUAGAGCUGACGAGGAAUAGAUAGAAUAGUGAUGAAAAGAAGAUGGCACAUAAUGAUCAACUACUCCACAUUGCUGCUUCAUAUUGAUUAUUCUUCUUCUUGCUACUUCAGAAUGAUGAUGGCACAGAAUGAUCAACUACCCAUUGUGUUUUUCUUCUUCUAAUCGAAGAACAAGAAUUAGAAUGAAAUGAUAUAUGUUUAAGUUUAUGUUAGGAUCGACAAAACCAUGAACUGCGAUUUUGUAAAAGUUACAUAGCAUAACUUUUACAAAAUAAAAAUUUAAAUGUAAAAGUUACAUAGUUUUAUAAAAAUCCUAAUAAAAUGUUGUCUUCGAUCUCCAA